UUUGUGCGGUUUCGAUCCUUUGUAGCUCGGCGGCGGCCUGCUUCGUUCACCCUGCGAGGGGAGCCGGACGGGAGGCAGAAAAUACACACACACACACACAUUCAAAAAAAAAAAAAAAAAAAAAAAGCGACCAGGACUACCCUCCGCCAUUACUUAAGACACCCACUAAGAAACUCUGGGAACGCCAGGCUUAGGCAGGCAGCCGGCGAACUCGCUCAAGGGGGUUGCAUGAAGCCCCGCAAGCGACUGCCCUCGACCAGCUUCGCCAGAUUUCCUGAAGACGCGACGUAAAGAUUCCUUCCUUUCCAAAUCUUGCGAAAAGGGAGCGCAGCAGGUGACGUGCGACUGAUUGCAUUUAGCAAGCAUUCAGACACCACGGACACAGUAUGAACGAAGUGACAUUGGUCAAGGAGGGAUGGCUUCAUAAAAGAGGAGAGUAUAUUAAAACGUGGAGACCACGCUAUUUUCUUUUAAAGAGUGACGGCUCCUUCAUUGGCUACAAAGAAAAACCAGAGACGUCGGACCAUGGGUUGCCUCCUUUAAACAAUUUUUCGGUAGCAGAAUGCCAGUUAAUGAAGACAGAGCGACCAAGGCCGAACACAUUUGUGAUUCGUUGCCUACAGUGGACGACGGUCAUUGAAAGAACCUUUCAUGUGGACACUCCUGAUGAAAGGGAAGAAUGGAUGCGGGUCAUCCAGGCAGUGGCCAACAGCCUGAAAAACCGAGAGCCAGCAGAAGAGCCAAUGGAUUUCAAAUUUGUCUCCCCGAAUGAGAGCAGUGAAGCCGAGGAAAUGGAGACAGUUGUUAGCAAAUCCCGCUCUAAAGUAGCUCAGACAAUGAGUGACUUUGACUAUCUGAAGCUAUUAGGCAAGGGAACCUUUGGAAAAGUCAUCCUGGUUAAAGAGAAAGCUACUGGAAUGUAUUAUGCUAUGAAGAUCCUAAGGAAAGAAGUCAUCAUUGCUAAGGAUGAAGUUGCACAUACAGUCACUGAGAGUAGAGUUCUUCAGAACACAAGGCACCCUUUUCUAACUACACUAAAGUAUGCUUUCCAGACGCAUGACAGACUUUGUUUUGUGAUGGAAUAUGCCAAUGGUGGAGAGCUCUUCUUUCACCUUUCAAGAGAACGUGUUUUUACUGAAGAUCGUGCUCGUUUCUAUGGGGCUGAGAUUGUGUCUGCUCUAGAGUACCUGCAUUCAAGAGAUGUUGUCUACAGAGACCUUAAGCUUGAGAAUUUGAUGUUGGACAAAGAUGGUCACAUUAAGAUUACAGACUUUGGCCUUUGUAAAGAAGGUAUUACAGAUGGAGCCACGAUGAAGACUUUCUGUGGAACCCCAGAGUACCUUGCCCCUGAGGUGUUAGAAGACAAUGAUUAUGGCCGGGCAGUAGACUGGUGGGGGCUAGGUGUGGUCAUGUAUGAAAUGAUGUGUGGUCGGCUUCCCUUUUACAACCAAGACCAUGAGCGACUCUUCGAGCUUAUUCUUAUGGAGGAAAUACGCUUCCCAAGAAACCUCUCUCCUGAGGCGAAAUCUCUUUUGGCCGGAUUGCUUAAGAAGGACCCCAAGCAAAGACUGGGAGGCGGGCCAGAUGAUGCCAAGGAGGUGAUGAACCACAAGUUCUUUACUGCAAUCAACUGGCAGGAUGUGAUUCUGAAAAAGCUUGUACCCCUUUUCAAACCUCAGGUGACAUCUGAAACAGACACCAGAUAUUUUGAUGAAGAAUUCACCGCCCAGACCAUAACAGUUACGCCACCAGACAGAUAUGACAGCUUGGACUCCGAAGAUUCUGAUCAGCCAACCCAUUUUCCUCAGUUCUCCUACUCUGCCAGUAGUAUACGAGAGUGACCUUCUGGAUUUUAGUGUACUCUAGCAGGGAGAGAUAAGUGGAGAGACAAAUUUCUGAACAACAGAUAACCUUGUCAUCACAAAAGACACGGGGAGAGACUGACAGUGUUCUUGGGACACCUUGUGUCCUCAACCCUGCCUUAAUUGGUACUACACUAAAAGCAAAUAAGAAAAAGUGAAGCUGAUAAACAUGCAUACGUAAACCAUAAGACUGCUGGAAAUACAGCCAAAAAACUGCAUACUGGAAAGUAAUUGUUCUUUGUUUAAGAAAUUUUUCUGAUUGUUACAGAUUUUUGAAGCCAUAUUCAAUGUAAUACAAGUGCUCUUUUUUCCUUCUUGUUUGGCAAAACCAGCUGCUACCUGUCGAAUGGUAGCAUUUCUAAUAGGAAAAGAAUGCCUAAUAUUCACAAGGAUGCCUCUGUGAAUGUAAUGGCUGCUUAUAAUUUUCCCCUCUUGCUUAAUAGUGAAACAGAAAGCAGGAGAAUGAAUUUUAUUAGAACAAAUCAGGGUAUGCAUAAAAUUCAUAGAUCCUUCCCCAUCCUCUUUUCAUCUAAUCAAAGGCUAAGCAAUAGUCUGGUUGCAAUAAGUGAACUAAAAAGAACAGCUUGACAUCACUGAGGUUUAAAAAAAAAAAAAUACAUAAAAAUCCUAAAAGAUGUUCUGACACAUUUUGUAGGGUUUUAUGCAUAUCCCUAUGGAGGAGGUAACCUCCAUUUUUUGUUUUGUUUUUUAUAUACACAAGACAAAUCAACCAGGAUUUCAAUGGUUUAAAACAAAAAUACUUUGUAUAAACUACAAGAAGAUAUUGUAAAUGGGUUGAAAUGUCUAUUACUUGUGACAGUAGUUUAAUGUCACGAAUGUAUCUCUUUGGGAAUCUUCUAAACUGGUAUGUAAUAGUGGGGAGGGUGGGAGGGGCUUGAACUUGUAAAUGUAAGUCAUCAGAUAUGUAGGGCUUUUUUUUUUAUUAUUGUAUUGUUAAUAGCCCUGCUUGGGUAUGUCAUUUUUGAAACCAUGAUUAAGGUUACCUUACACACGGAUGUAAUUUUUGCAUCCGAUUGUACUGAAUUAUCUGUUACAGAAAUCGGUCAUUAAUAAGACACCUUUCUUCUAAAUGUUAGCCCUUUAAUUAGUAUUCUUUUCAGAGUACCCUUUCAUUGAAAAUUAAUAAUGACUGGACAGGUUUAUAAAAAAAAAAAGACAAGUUGCCCCCGACUCCUGUUUUAGGCUGAUGUUUUCUUCCUUUAUGAUUUGCAAAUGACAUAUUUCUAUUUCGGUGUAAUUCAUGAAUUCUGGUACAUUUUGGGGAGGUCACCAGGCUGCCCAUUUUUGCUGUCAAAAGGACAAAAAUCUGGCGAUUCAUCAGUCCUCUUUUAUUAUUUAUUAGGUAGAUCACCUGCAAAUCUGGAAGCAUAAUUUACCAUGCUCUCGAUGCAAGAUCCAUUUAAAAUGUGACUCUGGGCUGGUGUUGGCCUUGACAGAUAAAACCUUAAAAGAAAAAUAAAGUGGUGGAGGAGACUAGAGGCUGUAGGCAGAUAUACAGGAUAGAAAUCAAGUGUGAAGAUAUUAAGCAUAUGCGCUAAAACUGAAUAUCAAGCAAGGUUAAUUUAACUUAAGUUAUAUCAUAUUGUUUUAAAUUGACGGUCUCCUAUAUCCCAUUAUUUGAGUUGUACAAAUUCUACUUCACUGUAGAACAGCAAAUAUUGUCUGAUAAUUUCUUUGUGACGAAACUUCUUCUGAAUAUUUUCAGAAUAUCACAACAUCCAAGAUUACAACACAGAUGAAAUUGUGACUUUCAAACAGUGACAUACAUGUUAAAAACAUUUUAAUUAUUUGUUUGAAUGUGAAAUUUUGAAGCAUAGUUAUAAUUUGUAUACCACAUUAACCUCUUGUUUUAAAAAAUUUGGUGCCGAGUUUUUUUUUUUUUUUUUUUUUUUAAUGUAAAAGUUGUAGUCAUUUAGAUUUUUGACUUGGAAAUCAUGUGGUCCUGAAUGGCGGCCAUUUUUGGGAUGAUCGCCAAAUUCUUCAAGCCUUGAAAGUUUUGGAUAGGUUUAAUAUUAGACAUGUCCAAACUUAACAAAUGGCUGUAAUUUUUACAUCUAAAUUGUAGUCAUGUGUACGUUGGAAACUGCUCAGCACAACUUUUUAAAACAUUUCAAUAUAGCACAGAAAUUAUCAAGUUAUAAUUUUACACUGAAAUUUUUUUAAAGAAUUUUUCGCCUAGGCCCAGAUGCCAUCCCUUAUUUUAACAUAUGUAUGUGUUUUUUCAGAAAUGAUCAUGUAAUAAAUUUCACAGAGAUUUUUGGAAAGGAUUUUUAGCAUAAGUCAAGAUGACAUCUUUCAUUUUUAACAUGUAUAUAUAUUUCUAUACUAAAGAGCCCUCCUGUUUUCAAAAAUGAGUUAAUUUCAUUAAUGCUCUGUAAUGAUUUGAAAACACGCUUCAAAAGAGAAGAAAAAUGCUCAGUAUGCUCAAUAAGACCCAACAGUUUUGUGAUAUGAUUACAGCAAGGUAGGUUAACUUCACACCAGUUAUCCUUCACAUUUGUCAAAAAUGACUGUAAAAUUGCUUGAAAUUGUGUCCUGCAAAAAAUAGUUAAACUGGGAUGGUCACAUUUCUUAAAUACUUGCCAUCUUGGGCUUUUGGUACACAUCUGGAGUGAUGUAAAAAAGUUGUUGAGCCCUUUGGAACAAUCUUUAUUGUUGCAUUAAUAUUACCUUGUAUGAAAAA